AAUACAAAGAAUAACAGAUGGUAGCAUUAAAACGACGCUAUAUAGGAAAACCACACACUCUGGAAGAUUCCUUGAUUAUUACUCAGCUCAUCCACUCACGGUAAAACGAGGAUUAAUACAAGGUCUUGCAGAUAGAAUACGUAGACUUACAACAACGCCAGAGGACCAGUGUAAAGAAAUAAACGUCCUAUUCAAAAUGCUACUCGAAAACAACUACCCAAAAGAAUUUAUAAAAGAUAAUAUAAAAAAGAGAAAAAAGAGAGUAAAACCGGAGAAUAACAAGAUGGAAGAAUGCAAAAAGGCAGUCACAAUACCAUAUAAAAAUGGUACAUCAGAGGCAAUUCAAAGAAACCUCAAAAAUAUCGGCAUUCACACAACUUUUAAACCGACAAAUCUAAUCAAAAAUAAAAUAAAUCAACUGAAAGAUCCCAUAAAAAUGAUGGAUAAAAACAACUUAAUUUACAAAAUAUCUUGUGCUGACUGUCCGACUAAAUAUGUGGGGCAAACGUC